AGAUCUAACGUAUAAAUAGUCAGUUUAACGUCAUGCUAAGCCUCCAACAUAGGUUAAAUAAAUAAGAUAAAUUUUCAUUGAUAAAAAAAUAUUGAAAUGUGUCUUUGUGAAAAAGCAUUUUAUUCCUGAAAAUUGUAUGCGUAGUCAAGUGCAUUGAGAUUUUACUAGAAAAUGAAUCAACUUAGCAUGAGUAAUUAGAUGGACGUAUGGAAUGUAUAUCAUUAAUAUUCUAUAUAAAACAUAUCGACUGUUUAAGUCUGUUCACCUUUUCAUUAAUUUUUGCAUUCGCGACAAUUCUAAAAAAACGUUUGUUAAAAAAUUGCAGGCAGAUGCUGGAGUUGAAUUAGACUGAUGUAGCGGGAGCAUCAUAUUCAAAACAUAAUGACUGAUUCUAAGCCUAACGACGAACACCGUGGUUUCACAACACGUGCUAGAGAAAUUGACUCGAAAAUAGAUCCAGACUUUGUUACAUUGUUAAGAGAUAUUGAAACAUGGAAUAUACUAUGUAGUUGCGAUAUAUUUGGAAAUGAAGAACUUAUUCCUGUCGGAAGCUGCGUAGAUGGUUCAAAAGUUACUGUACCCGGCGACUGUGGUGAUAUGGACGUUUUGAUGCUUUCCAACAAGAAUAUUUUGAAAGAACAUUUAUUUGAUUACGACAAAGCGUUCCCAGCAUUUCUGCGUAUUAGAGUUAAAAAUGAACACCAGAAGUACUUCCAAACCGUGAAAGAUCCGAUCGAGGGAGUGUACCUUCCAGCAGCUGUUCUUAAAGAGCAUCAUACAAAGUCGUCAUUCUUAUCAAAAAUGUUGCUUAAUUACAAUAUACAACAUGACCUGUCCGAAGAUGGAAAGUUCUUGAAAGUAAUAAGAAUAACAUCAGUUGGAAAAGAACAGAUGCGGUUAUAUCCAGAUGAUCAAAACGCUUUUGAGUUCAGUGAUAAACCAGAUAUGAUAGAACGUAAUUUGACAAUAAUGGAAAAGGUUGGCAAAUGCACAUUCGGUAAAGUUAUAACUCUGGCAAAACAAUCUAAAAGAACACAUGCUGUAGAUGAAACAUCCACGUUUGCGACUAACAACAGAUCACUGUUAGCUGAACACGACAACACCUCACUGUUAGAGAUGUUUAAUGAAAUUCUUGACAUGUGCGGACGCAAAAACACUGAUAGUGAUAAAACAAGAAAUAUUCAAGAUACGAAUAAAGACAGUCAGACAGAUGCUGCUGAAGAUGGAAAAAGUAAUGCGAUGCAAGGUACAAUAUACCUCGACAAAAAAGACAACAAAACGCCACAAGAUAUGUUUUCAACUGAUUUAUUGCGUGGUAAUGCACAUAACAGAAAAUUAUCAACAGAUCGUCCAGCGGCAAGAACAAAACGAAUAAAUAAUAAGCAUAAAAACAAAAACGCCACGAGUUCAGACCCUGAAGUAGUAAAAGAAAGUCAUUCAGUAGGUGCAUGCAUUAAAACGUCUGGAACAGCAAAACGCGAAACGUCUUUUUCAAAAUUAAAAUCGAUAGAUUUCGUACCUGCCUUUAAAAUUGAAGGAUGGCCACGGGUAGCAGAUGAAUGGGUGACUCGUUCGAGAAAAUGGCCAUCGAAAGAAAUUCUGAAAAAGAUUAUUGGCUCAGGAUGUCAGGUCGUAGCAAAACGACCUUUGGCCUUGUAUAGCAAACCGGUAAUCGAAGAGAGAGACCCGUAUUUCAGACUGUCUUUUGCUCUAUCUGAAGUAAUACUCGCACAAAACAUGAAAGAGCAACAACUAUUGUGCUGGCGUGUAUUAAAAGCUUACCAGAAAUGUUUCCUUGAGACUGAACCAAAAUGUCUUAAAUCAUAUCAUUGGAAAAACGUUUUGUUUUGGGUAAAUGAAGAUUUAGACGAAUCAUUCUGGACAGAUGAAAAUGUACUGGUUGCGGUGUAUAAAUGCUUAGACUUCAUGAAAGAAUGUCUUCAAAAGCGAAACCUGCCAUUUUAUUUUGUCAGAAGAAUGAAUCUUCUCAAUGGCUGUGAUGAAACGAUAUUUGAUAUCUUGAGAGAACAAGUCGAUUUGAUCCGCAGAGAGCCAUUGGCAUAUUUAAAAAGAUUCAUAUCAGAACCUCCAAAAGCUGAAACACAUUUUAUGGAUAUUGAAAAGAUUGAGGGCAUACUAAGUGAAGAGACAAAAGCAAAUAAUAUCGACAGACGUUCAGAGGACAUCGCGAAUUGCUUUUUGCUUAAAUUUAUGUAUGAAUCCGACAAAUCUGGAUUUCAGUUUCCUAAAGCCAUUUUAGAGUUGCUUAAAAAACGGCGGUCUGAAGAAGAUGAAAGGUUAUCAUGUGACCCUAAAGACGUUCAGAAUUCAAACAGUUCGCAAGAGAAAUUGCUUCUAGAUACAUCUGAAAAUAUAAUGGAAUCAAUGAAAAACUACAGCAAAGAAGGAUUUUUUGAAACAAUGGACUUAUUUCUAACAGUAAUGGAUAAUGUGCUUAACAACGAAGAUGGUACAGAUUCCGAUAGAGUUAUAUCGCAAAGCUUUGCAAAUGUGUUAAGUACUGUAUCAUCAGUUGUGAAGAGACCGCAAGACUACGGACUCUCGAAAAACGUAAGCAAUGUUUGUUCCAGUUUCCACCAACAUGACGGAAAAGAGCUAAAUGGAAUAUCUUUUAACUUAAUUGCCAACGGUGCAUUUGCAAAAUUAAUGGAUGGAAUAGAGAAGAGUACCAAAAAUGAAAACAAAACUUUUAAUCUAUUUGAUGAGAUAAGGAAAAUCCUACAGGAAACUGUACAGAACAUUGGAGCAAUAACAGGAAGGUAAACCAAGGUAGAAAAGAAAGCCGAAAUGGAUAUAGAUCUUGAUUAAAGUAUUGAUUAUUACUGUUAAAUCCUGUAUAUUGAAUGGGGGCAAUUUUGUUCGCAUUUAGUGGUAGCAUCAAUCCACGAAAAACAAUCUCAAUGAAAAUCAAAGCCUGAAAUGCCUGAUGGUUUCGGGUUUUUGGUAGAUUUAUUUUCUGUUUAAAUACCAGUCUAUGAAUAUACAUGAAUGAAAAACAAAUACAAAUUUAAUGUGCCUCAUAUCGAACAUGAACUCUGCCUGACCUAGCUUGUGAUGUAACCAUGUGCUGGAAUACCUUAUCAGUGAUGGAUCUAAUACAAUCUAAAUGGUCAGUGUGAGUGGAUACAGGUUGAAUAAGAACUACUUGUUCAUUGAUAAUUCAUCCGCAUUGUUCAUGAAUGGGACUAUUUUGUGUAGCACAUGAACAUCAUUUGGAUGUAAUUCGGAAUAAAAUAAAGAUGCUAUAUGGCUGAUAGAAAUACACUUGUAACUUUGGUAGCGGGAUAAAUCCACAACCAAAACUUAAGCCUCAUUUAGUUUUCUUCAAAAGUAAAAUCAACGGAUAACAUAAAGCUCUCCAUUAAUCUUCUGCAAACCUUAUUGCCACUAAAGGAGAAGAAGUAUAUAAAAACAUCGGGCAAUAGUUUUGAAAAUGGAUCGGCAAGUCGAACAAUAAGUGUAUACUCUUGGGAAUAAGUACUUUAAACUAAACUAAAGCCAUAAAGUUAUAUUUCAACCAAGUAACCGUUUUGGUCAAAGCCAGGCACUUGCAUGACCAAGAUAUUAAAUCAUUUCAUAGUAUUGAUUGAUAUUUUAGGAGACAAACAGCAUAGAUAGGACUCAUGCUUAGACUUGCAUGACCAGUUUCAACGAUCAAAAACUAAAGGUGAAUCAAUCAUUCAAUAACAGCAUGCAGCAACAUUGACAUAUUCAUUAUUCAACAAUAUCAUUAAUUAGUAGUUUUUAACAAAACAUGGUAAAUGUGAUUUCUAAUUGUUUCAAAAGGACACGAGUCCAGCAAUGAAUGUUAUUGUAAGGAGGAGAGAUGUUUUGUUUUCUAGCUUCUUAAAGCUAUAGGAUGUAAGUCUCAGACUAGAAGUUUGUUGUCGGCAGUUUGAGACUUUAACUUCAAGCUAGAGAUAAUGAGUUUUCCUAAUUGCCUCAAGUUAAAGUUUAUAAAAAAAGUUAACAGACCCCGAAUGCAAGCUUGAUGCAGGCAGUUUAGAUACUGUUUUUGUUUUUUGGCUGCUCCAAAUUAAGGGUUUUAAAGUGAUAGGGGCAUCAGCAUGCCAGUCUGAGACAAGUCUUCAAUCUAAUAAAGCUUUGGUAUAAUCAUUAUAAUGUGUUUCCUUUGGCAAACUGAGUGUAGAGAUGAACGUUAAUAUUUGACGUUACCACCGGUCAAAUUCUGUUAAGGGAGUCUUAAGACAUUUUUCGCAAUGCAGCUCUAUAUCUUAUGUUUUUACAAGGAAGUAAAAGAGGUCAGCUUUAAUUCUAAUAUUGUUUAUUUCUCUAAGUUAGAUAUGGGGAUACACCCAUAUAGCUUUAAAUCUUGUUAAUGUAAAUCAAGAAGGUAAAGAGCUGACUUUAAUUUUUGACUUUCUCUACAUUACACAGCGAUAUACCCUAUGCAACUUUGCAAUGGAUAUAUAUUUAUGCAUUUAUACGCUUUAAUGGUGUAUGUAGUGAUAUUGAUGCUUGCAAUAAUAUUAUUCAAUAUAUUGCGCAUAAACUUCUUCAAUAAGGUAAUCGUUAUCAUAAUCUGCGUACUGUAAGAAGAUGUAUUCUUUCAAAGGCUUAUUAACCAUGCUUAUUUUAUUUUACUUUUCGGCUUUAUUUUCAAUUAUAGUUUUCUUGACAAUGUUUUACUGUGUGUGUACAUGAAUGUAUAGAAAUAAAUAUUGUUAAAUUAAAUCAACUAGUUUAUUAAAGUUUGCCU